GCAACCCUUUUCUUUCCCUCUCGAAGUCUUCACUGAACGCCUGUCACUUUAGCUCUCUCUCUCUCUCUCUCUCUCUCUCUCAAUUUGGUAGACAAUCACUUCCAUUUCAAGUAUUUUCUAUUAUAUGCUUCUGUCCCUUCCCCAUUUUCUCUUCUUCACUUUGAGGCUGCCCUUCCCCUCCUCAACUCUCUCUCUCUCUGCUUUUUUGGUGUUAGGUGGCUAUGGAUACUGAGGAAGGUGAGAUGAAUUCAAAGAUGGAGGUUUAUGAAGUCAUUGAGCAAAUUGGGAGAGGGGCUUUUGGAGCCGCUUUUCUUGUUCUUCAUAAGGAGCAGAGAAAGAAGUAUGUGUUAAAGAAGAUUCGUUUAACUAAGCAAACAGAGAAGUUCAAGCGUACAGCUCACCAAGAGAUGGACUUGAUAGCAAAGUUAAAUCAUCCAUAUAUUGUGGAGUAUAAAGAUGCUUGGGUGGACAAGGGAGACUGCGUAUGCAUUGUAACUGGCUAUUGUGAAGGAGGUGACAUGGCAGAUAUGGUAAAGAAGGGCAGAGGACAAUUUUUUCCAGAAGAGAAACUUUGCAAAUGGCUUACUCAGUUGCUGCUAGCUAUUGACUACUUGCACUCUAAUCGUGUGAUUCAUAGAGAUGUUAAGUGUUCAAAUAUUUUCCUUACAAAGGAUAAUGGCAUCCGACUCGGUGAUUUUGGACUAGCCAAACUACUGAAUACAGAAGAUCUUGCUUCAUCGGUUGUUGGAACUCCAAACUACAUGUGUCCUGAGCUCCUUGCAGACAUACCUUAUGGCUAUAAAUCUGAUAUAUGGUCACUUGGGUGCUGUAUGUUUGAGAUUGCUGCACACCAACCUGCAUUUAGAGCUCCUGACAUGGCUGCGCUCAUCAAUAAAAUUAACCGAUCCUCCAUUUCUCCUCUUCCGAUUGUGUAUUCUUCCACACUGAAACAGAUUAUCAAGAGCAUGCUCAGGAAGAGUCCCGAACAUAGACCAACAGCUGCAGAGUUAUUAAGGCACCCACACUUACAACCUUACCUCCUUCAAUGCCGCAAUGCAUCUUCUGUUUUUCUUCCUGUUUUUCCUGUAAACAACUUGAAAGAUAGAACUACAAGGAAAUCACCAACUAGCAAGCACAUUGGUGGCAAAGACAACCGAGACAAAGAAGCUGCAUCACCUAAGCAGUUGGAAAAGGUUCAUCCAUUUGAGACCAGAACUGACCUCAUACACAGAUAUUCAAUAAAGAUUGCCAACCCUGUAUUCACAACUAGUACUGAAGAAAAGCUUGAAACCAAGAGGGUUGAUCCAACUAGCUGUACUGUGCAAUCAUCUAAUGACACUAUUGUUCCAAAAGAUGGGCCAAUUGAUCCACAAGCGUCUAUUUACAACGGAGAUGAGCGAUCUGACCCCAUUAUUGAGUUAUCUAGCACCAUUGAUGGAUCAAAACAUGGACUGACUUAUUCAGAAGCGUCUGUUUGCGAUGGAGAUAAGAGAACGGAGUGUGCUAGUCACACUAGCUGUAGUCUGGAAUUAUCUAAUACCAGUGAUGUCUCAAAAGAUGGGCUAGCUGAUUCAGAAGCAUCUGUUUGUAAUGCAGAUAAGCAAGCUGAUUUCAUCAGUCCCCGAAAGGAAAUUAUCGUGUCCGACAUUGAAACGGCAUCAGAGAGUUCCCCAAAUCUUAAGAAUGAAGAACCAGAUGAACCUGCCAAUACAAAUUCCAGACAAUUGGAAGAGGUUGCUUGCAAGAAUCUGAAUUUUGAGCAUGAAAAAACGCAUAAAAACCAACAAGUUCUUCAAGGAGUUAGAACAGAAGGAGAAGGUGCUAUAGAAGAAAAUUGCAGGGAAUUGACAGUGAACAGUUCUGGCUGCGCUAAUAAAGUUGGUUCCCCCAAUGAUAAUUGCUCCUCAUCAGCUAAUUCUGAGGUUGAACCUAGAUAUUGUUUACAAAAGGAAAGUUCUAAUGUACGUACUGAAGGUGCUCAAAUGAAUUGCGUGUCACCCGAAAGGAACAAUGAUACUUCAGCACAGAGAGAAAAAGGUGAAGCGGGAAGAAAGGCAGGCCACAGUAAUAGCUCCGUGAAGAUAGAGAAAGAGGAUGCUCACAUGAGUAAUCAGGCACUCAGGGAUGUAUCGUUACUGAGUACACUAACUGCAAUAGGUGGUGAUGAAUCGAAGAGUGAGUGGGAAAAUCCGACACAGCAAAGAGCCGAUGCCUUGGAGUCUCUGCUUGAGCUAUGUGCACGGCUACUAAAGCAGGACAAACUUGAAGAGCUUGCUGGGGUACUAAGACCAUUUGGAGAAGAUGCCGUCUCAUCUAGAGAAACUGCUAUCUGGUUGACAAAGAGUCUCAUGUCUGCACAGAAAGAUAAUGGAGGAUCCUAAUUUUUGAUGGAUAACUCGGCCAUAAAUUAUGCAAGACUGAGUGAGAUCUGUUUUUAUCAUCUCGGCAUUAAUCAUUUCAUUUGUAAAAAGCGUGGUUUCAUUAUUUAACAUAAAACUCUGAGAUAUAAAGAUUGGAGCUUGUAACAGAACACUGGCACUAGCUAGUAGAAAAUGUAAUGUAUUAUUUCAAUUUCUACUUGUAUAAUGUGGACAUAAA